AUGCACGAAAGUCUCGCGACCACCAAACCAUGCGGUCAGUUAGUCCACAUCCCUGGGCUGCCUCCCAUGUACGACUGGGAAUUUUACCCCCAGGAUGUUGGGAUUAAGACCGAUGUCAUCCUUGCCGCGGAGGUCCGUAUGUCCAAGUUCAUAAACGAGGCAGACGGACUGCUUACGAAUUCCUCCAUUGCUUAUGAUGGCCAUGAGUGUCUGCAUAGCAUUUCACAGUGGAUUGCGCGACGUGGUGACCGCAAGACUUUCCACUUGGGUCCAAUGAUGCCUUUCGAGCCAGGAGCACAUCGCUUUUCGCAGUCGGCGAUAGAAGCUGAAUUAGCUUCUAUGCCUAGCAGUGAAGGCAUGCAGACCGUUCAGUUUCUUGACCAAGCCUUGGAGGCCCAUGGACCACGCAGUGUAGUCUACAUUAGUUUUGGGACAGAGCAUUGGCCAAAGUCAAUGGAUCAGGUCCAGGUGCUUCUGACGACACUGACACAAAGGCGCAUUCCCUUCCUAUUCACGUACGCCUUUCCUGGUGCUACGUUACCGGACGUGAUGCUGGCAGAAUUUAGUCAUCUCGGAUUAUUUGUCCGAUAUGGACCCCAACAGACCAUCCUCGGCCAUCCUGCGUGUGGCUGGUUCCUUACUCAUGGCGGAAUGAAUGGGAGCAUAGAGGCUCUCAGCCAGGGUAUCCCAUUGAUCGGAUGGCCAUUUGCAGUAGACCAACCAGUGAACAUAGCUCGUCUCACUCGAGUGCUUGACAUUGGUUUUGAACUUGUAGAGGUGCGUAGUGGAGAUUAUGGUCUACAGCCAUUGCACUAUAGAGACCAAGCGCCUACUGGUACAUUUUCAGCUUUAGAAAAAGAGUUGGCAGAGGUGUUUGAUACUAUGCUGGGAGAGGAGGGCAAAAAGAAACGAGCUAAUGCUGAGAAGCUCAGAGAUGAAAUGGCACGAUCUUGGUUAGAGGGCGGAGCAGCAUGGAAAGAGUUCGAAAGUUUUCUGGACUUCUGGAUAAGAGGGUAG